AUGAAAGAACAUAUUCCAGCAAAUAAGGAGAAGAAGAAAAGUGUAAAAGGUCACCUGAUGACGGCAACCACCAAAUCAACAACGGUGAACAGAUGUAAGUUCAGAUCUGCAAGAGUAGCUUUGAGGAAAGAUCAACUGAUGGACGGCAACCACCAACACAGCGACGAACGACCGAGAGGGAUUAAGGGUCAACAAGAUGAGACUCCGACAUUUCUCGGGACAUUCUUCGAUUUCAAUGAUGGGGAAAUAGUUCCAUGCUGGGCAAUUUCCAAAUGGUGCUCAGGUACUGUCAAACUCAGCUACUGUUGCAGCCCAAUUACCAGAACUUCGAAGCAACAUCCAACCUUUUAUGUUGUGAGAGAUGAUUUGCUGCACCCAUUGGUUAUUGGUAAUAAAGCGAGGAAAUUGGAUGCCCUGUUUCCUCUUGUUGAAGAUCAUGCAGUGACAGAUGUUACAUGUGGAGGUUGCCAAAGUGCACAUGCUGCAGCUGUUGCCGUUUCAUGUGCAGAGAGGGGACUAAAGUCGCAUUUGCUUCUACGAGGAGAACACCCUGAAAUUCUAACUGGCUACAACCUAAUUUCCACAUUAUACGGGAAUGUAACUUAUAUUCCAAGGUCUCUGUAUGCCCGGAGGGAGGAAAUGCUUGCAAGGCAUGCCGAUUUGGUUGCAGGCAACCGUGGUUGUGUUGUACAGCUCAGUGAUUUAUUUGGGGAUUCCUCUACUACGAUAAACACUUCUUGGAAACCAAAGCAUGUACAAAUGGAUGCUCGUAGCUUUGAUGAAAAUAUUCAAAAGGUUGUUAUCAUCAAUGAAGGCGCAGGAGACGCUGUUGGGUUAUUGGGUGUCUUUCGGCUUGUGCAGUACUUAUCUGAGAACCAUUUGCUUGGAAAGGAACAGGUAAAUGCUGGUACUGGGACAACAGCUGUUGAUUUAGGUCUUGGGGCUAUGUCUUUAGGGCUCCCAUGGGAGGUCACUCCAGUGAUGCUGGCUGACACUAUUGAUGGAUAUAGAAAACAGGAGGAACGCUUGAUUUCUGAAUUCUGUAGGUGUUGUGCUUUUCCUCGUCUCGAUGAAGCCUUAAGCCAAGUGAAUGGUGGGAUCGUGCAUUGGGUAGAACGUAACUAUCCGAGGAAGUAA